CAUCAUCACCAUCACCAUCACCAUCCUCCAUCCUUCCCGACAAGGACAACCUCCCCAGGAGCGCGCAGGAGACAGGGCAAUCUUUGCUGAAGAAAAUAAGAAGAAAAGAAAGAAGAAGAUAAGGAAAAAAUACAACACCAUUUUGAGAGAAGCAAGAUGCUGGCCUGCACGGAGCUGAUCACCAUGUGUCUCCAGUCUGCCAAACAUGAACACUUGAGAAAGCAGCAGGAGCUUGACCACAAUCAAAACCAAGGCAUCGCUUUAUUCCAUGAUAUUUUCCGUCGGGCAGACAAAAAUGAUGAUGGGAAGCUGUCCUUAGAGGAGUUCCAGUCCUACUUCACUGAUGGUGUCCUCACUGAGGAGCAGAUGCAGGAGCUGUAUUACUCCAUCGACAGGCAGCAGACAGAAAAUCUGGACAUAGAAAACCUCUCAGAGUACUUCGCUCCACAUCUGGGAGAAUAUGUCAACGUCUUGUCUUCUCUGGAAAAGCUGAACGUGGCCAUUUUGAAAGCCAUGGAUAAAACUAAAGAGGAGUAUCAGGGUUCAUCAGUGCUCGGCCAGUUUGUGACGCGCUUCCUGCUCAAGGAAACCACCACCCAGCUGCAGUCCCUCCAGUCCUCCCUGGAUUGUGCCAUGGAGGCCGUUAACGACAAUAGCUGCACGGGGAAAAGGCCGCUGAAGAAACCUGAGGACCUGCCCAUCCAGAGGGUGACCAAGAGACCCGGCCGGCGCAUCCAGAAGAACAUGUGUCUCUCCCCGACAGACCCCUACUCCGGCAUGCUCACCACAGGGGUCAGUGUGGAGCCAGAUAACCACUGGGGCUCCCAGAUCAACCAGCUGGAGCAUUUUAUUGACAAACUGGAGUGUGAGAGUCCACAUCUCGAACCUCUCAAAGAAGACUCAUUGGCAGGAACAUAUAAAUCUAACAUACUUCUGGUCCAGAGACAAAUGUCUGUGAAGGAGAAAGAUGUUGAACAGUUUCAACAAGCUCUUAAAAUCUACACGGAUGAGACUGCCGGCGAGCUUAACAACUUGCACAUUUCAGUCCAGAACCUGCCAGACAGAUCAUGCUUUAUCAUGUAUGAAUUUUGGCAGGAUCGCCUCUCUUGGAUGAGCUACCUGCAGUCGUCCAUCAGCAAGACUUUCCAGCGCUGCGUUAUUGACUCUCUGGAAGAGCCAGAAAUGGUUUCCACCAUGCUGCUCCCAGCCUCCUGGUGGAUCAUGAACAACAACUGACCGAGCAACACUGCUGCUGUUCAACAAAAUAAGAGCUAAAUAUUAAGGAGAAUUCACCAAGCAGUUCUUCUUCUUCUCUAUGCUCUGUUAUUAAUCUCUUUUCUCAUGGCAUGACCUGGAUUGUUUGCUCUUUGAGUUUUUCUCAUGUGUUAUAGAAAAAGAAAAAAAAGAACCGCUCAGAAAAACCUGCAAACAGGUUUUUAAAGCUGUAAAGAUUUUAAAACCUGAUAGACGAGGAACAGAUAUUAAUUUUACAAUAUUGAUUCAGUUCUUACUUCUGUUAGAAACACAAUGAAUACAUUUUUUUAAAACAACAUAAUUUGCAUGAUUUAUUUCUCAGUGCUGAUUUAUUUGACUCAAAGCUGCAUCUUAGAGUAGAUAUAAUGUCAAAUAAAAACUGACCUAUCAUUGCAUUAUCCAUUCUACAAAGACAAAAAAGAAAUAGAGGUAGGGUUAACGUUUCCUCUUGUUCUCCCUGUGCUUUUGUGCUUUGUUGUGUCCUUCAGCGCUUCUCUAAACGUUUUUUUUCCUCCUGUUUUUGCAGACGCCCAUGACCUAGAACAUAGUUACUGAAUAAUUAUGGUCUGAAUUGAAACAUCAAUCCUCUUUGUCACUCCUGCACCUUAGGGGAAAAAGAGAAACAUGGACCUUAUUGUAAAGAACAGAUAUUUAUUGUACACUGACUUAAAAAAAUAAAAAUAAAAAAAUAGUCAAAUAAACAGAUGUUAUUAAAAGCCAACAGCUGAUAUGCAGUGACAAAUUAAUGGAUUGUAAGAAGUCACCAAAUAAUUGUGUAUUUUCCAAGUUCUGUUUCUGUACAGUAGAUAUAAAAACUCAAAAGCCAUUAUUUUACAUUUAUGCUGUGCAAUCAUAAGAGUUUAAUGAUAGAAUAUGCACAAAUAUAAGUUUAUAUUUUGAAAUUAAACAGAAUCUGGUGUAUAAUGAUAUUAGAAAGAACCUAUUUUAAGACCGAGUGCCGUAGUAAACGAAAGCUUAGGACUGACGUAGUUGUUGUACAACACUGGUUAAUGUACUGUAUGGACUUUGGUUGCUCUGAUAAUGUGAGGAAUGAAUGUGUUCACAGUUUUAUUUUAAGUGUUUGUCAUUUCUUUUUUGAAGAAAAAAAAUAUAUACUGUCGUUAUGUGGAUUUUAAUGUUUGUUUUCUGGCAUGAAUUAAAGUUUGAUGUGUUCAU